AUGGGAUUCUUGACUGUGGGUAUAAAAGGAUAUAUACCCGCAGUGGGGUCGUAUGAGGAUGUAAUUUUCACCAAAAGAGCUAGACUUCGUCAGCGGCAGGCGGCAAGAAUCAAGCGUGACAAAGCCCAGAAACAAAGGGGUGAUAAUGUGGAACCUACGGUGAAGCCUGAGUCCCUUGUCCCAGUUGCUCGGUUUCAGGGCUCUCGUCUUGCUUCUGCUCCGUUGCCUUCUCCAUAUGAACGAACAGGAAAGGUGGCAAGACACACUUAUUCAGGGGGAUCUGUCGGUGCAGCCAUUGUUGAGGCUGAAAAUAGCUUAGAGCUGGAGACACGUGACAACAAAGAGGAGCUGAAGGCGAAGCUUAAAGACUUAAUUCGUGAGAAGUCAGACCUUUUGAAUAGAGAUGACCAAGAAGAAGACAAGGUGAGAUUGGGUGAGGAUGGGUGGAAGGAAAGGUACUACAAGGAAAAGUUCUCAGUUGAAACCUUUGAUGAGAUUGAAGCAGUACGAAAAGAUGUUGUUCUAAAAUACGUACAAGGCUUGUGCUGGGUGAUGGAAUAUUAUUAUGAAGGUGUUUUUCCAGCUGCAAGUUCCCAUGCGCUACCUGAGCAUUAUAGGAAAUUGAUGGCUGGCCCAACUUCACCGAUUAUUGAUUUUUAUCCGACUGAUUUUGAAGUUGACAUGAAUGGCAAGCGGUUUGCAUGGAAGGGUAUCGCUAAAUUACCAUUCAUUGAUGAAAGUCGUCUUCUUGCUGAGAUAAAAAAAGUGGAACAUACUUUGACAGAGGAGGAAGCAAAAAGAAACAGCUUCAUGGAAAAUAUGUUGUUCAUCUCGACAUCUAACUCGCUCUCUCCAUACAUAUUUUGCCUCGCUGAUCAGUUGUCUAACAAAAAAGGGGCUGAAGUGAAAGAAAAAAUUGACCCCAAGGCCAGUGGCGGGAUGAAUGGAUAUAUAUCUCUUUGUAAUGGAGAUCGUUGCCCACCGGUCUUUCAAUCGCCUGUUCCCGGAAUGGACGAUAUUAUGAAUAAUCAAGUCAUCUGUGCUAUUUACAGACUUCCUGAUGCACAUACUCAUGUCGCUCGACCUUCAGCUGGUGUUAUCUUCUCAAAGAGGAUGGUCGAAGUAGAAGAUUUGAAGCCACCACCUACUUUAUGGCAUGAAGAUAAUGGAAGGAAACCAUGGGAAAAUGUCAGGAAAAACAACCACCACGGAAAUGGAAGGGGUUCUGGUCGACAUCUUGGGGAGGCAGCACAUAAAUUUGUCAAUAACAGUUUACAGUUUAAGAUAGACCAUAAACGGGUUAACCCGUAAACCCGCAGGUUUAACCCGUUACGGGUGCGGGUUGAAGAAAUGACCACCCGUGAAGAAUAUCAACCCGCGGGUUUUGAUCCGUGUUAACCCGAACCCGUGUAACC